AUGAGUACAACUACUGCCAUUGAUGACCCUGCGGGGCUCAAAACCACACGCCAACGCAACAACCAACCCCAACAGUCCGAGAUCCCCUUGCCCUCGCCGUCCAUUAGUGAUGUCGACUCCGAUUCGAACAAGGGCGAUGACCACCGAGACGCCCAUGUGAAAAAGGCAUACGGCCGAACUCCAGAUGGAACGGGUAUGCACACUCUACUCUCUCCGUCCCAAACCCAUGACAUGGUCUCCCAAUUAUUAGACCCUCGCGAACCCAAGAACCUGUCCGAUUACAUUGUCCUCGGUGUUCUCGCCCUGCAUAUUUGGCUCGCUUGGGCUGUGCCAGCGCCCUAUAACAAGUACCUGCUCGGAUUUGCGUUUACCUUCUGGAGACUUGCAUACAAUGCUGGGAUCGGCUAUCUGUUGACUGUUCAGUCAAAAUACACUCUCCUUGUCACCUGGGCUCGUCGGUUAAGGGCUUUUGAACAACCCGCCACCAACCCGCGGCCAUGGCUUUACAACCUCCUCAAGACGGAGCUCGAGACCAAGAUCCCCAAGGACUACAAGAUGGAUGAGGCUCCGAUCGAGUACAACACCUGGCUUGCUUUCCGUCGCAUUGUCGAUCUGAUCCUGAUGUGCGACUUUGUGUCGUACUGCCUGUUCGCCAUUGUCUGUGCCCACACGCCUGAGGAUGAGGGGUUGGGCAUGCUUCUUGGCCGUUGGGUCGGGGGUAUUGCGCUUGUUGGCUUCAACCUUUGGGUCAAGCUGGAUGCGCACAGAGUGGUGAAGGACUAUGCCUGGUACUGGGGCGACUUCUUCUAUCUGAUCGAGCAGGAACUGACUUUCGAUGGCGUCUUCGAGAUGGCCCCCCAUCCCAUGUACUCCAUUGGCUACGCUGGAUACUACGGCAUCUCGAUGAUGGCUGCUAGCUACGAUGUUCUCUUCAUCUCUAUCGCUGCCCACGCUCUCCAGUUUGUCUUCUUGGCCUUUGUCGAGAAUCCUCACAUCGAAAAGACCUACAACCCGCCACCCCCACGUCUCCGGGCCGAAUCCGAGAUUGGCAGCCAGACCGAGGCCGAUGCUUUGGUCACCAAGGAGCUUAACGGGAACUCUGAUAUCCCCCAGCCUGUUCACAACAUGAUUGGAAGCUUCGAUCUCUUCAGAGUGACCGACGCUUCCUCCCUCAUCAUUGUUGCCUGCUUCAUCGCCUUGACGGUUGUCACUCCCACCACCCGCACUUACCAGACUCUGGCUGUUGUGAACGCUAUCUUCUGGCGUCUCUGGUACUCUGUUGGUUUGGGCUACAUCUUGAAGAAGCAAUCCGAAAAGAAGAUGUAUACCAGGCACUUCCUCAAGUUUGGCGAGAGCACCGGCGAGGCCUGGAGACAGUGGAAGGGCCUGUACCACAUCAGCAUGAUUCUCUGCCACGUCUCGUUCUUGACCGCCUGCUGGAAGAUGUACACCUACCCUGAGGAUUGGAGCUACGGUUCUGUUCUCCUGAAGCAUGUGAUUGGUGUCAGUCUGAUUGCUCUUCAGCUUUGGACAUCCUCUAGCAUCUACGAGUCUCUUGGCGAGUUUGGCUGGUUCUAUGGUGAUUUCUUCUUCGAGAGCCCCCGCCCACCCACGUACAACUCAAUCUACCGUUUCCUCAACAACCCGGAGCGUGUGCUUGGUGCUGCUGGUUUCUGGGGCUUGGCUCUCAUUACCUGGAGCAAGGCUGUUUUCGUCAUGGCGCUUGUCAGCCAGCUUUUGAUGCUGGGAUUCAUUUCGUUUGUCGAGAAGCCUCACAUGCAAAAGAUCUACGGCCAGAACCUCCGCAAGGAGGCCGGUCUUACCAAGUUUGUCAAGAAGUCACUUCCCGCCCCUGUCAAGAGAUGGCAACAGGGUGUCGACAAGGUCCUCGAUGAGACCAAGCACUUUGCUGAGGACUUCAUUGAUGCCGCCCUUACCAGACUUUCUGCCGGCUCUUCCAACUUCGUCAAGGACACCACCGCUCUCUUCCACAAGCCCCUCCGUCUCUCUAUCAACCGUAUCGACCGCGAUCUUGCUGGAUAUGACCCCAAGCACUACAAGCUUUCCGUGGAGGGCGAGCAGCUGAUUGCUCCUGAUGAGAAGGCUACCCGGAAGGAAAGUGCCGAUGCUCGCGUCCCCAAGGAUGUCAAAACCAAGGUUUUCCAGUAUGGCGCUCCCAUUCGUGUCAAGUGGACAGCUCCUGCCAACCACAGCAAGAAGGACUGGGUUGGUCUCUACUUGGUCACCGACAACCGCAACAGGGAUUUCACUGAAGUGCCAUCCCUCGGCCGCUGGAUCCCCACGUGCCGCGGCCAGUACGACACCACCACUGACGAAGGCAUUGUUUCGUAUGAUGAAAAGGUCAAGUCGGAAGGUGUUGAGGGCCCUCUUGUACAGGGCGAGAUGGUAUUCGAGGGUGACAAGCUUUGGUGGACACAGGGCGUGUACGAGUUCAGAUACCACCACCACGGCAAGCACAACGUCAUGUCGAUCUCGGAGCCGUUCGAGGUCCGCAUUCCGUUGGUUGUGAAGGAGGGUACCGAGCUCACCAUUGAGGAAGCCGAGAACGCCCUGCUGCCUAUUGUACGGAACUGCCUUGACCGCGACCCAGAAAUCGCGCCAGAGACUGUUGACGAGCCAUGGGGUGCUCAUGUUGAACGGGAUGGCAAGUAUGCCGAGAGAGUGGUGUAUGCCAUUCGUGAGAUGUUUGCCAUUGAGUUCUCGCCGGCGGUGGUGCCAGCAGAUGGGAACGUCAAGAAGUUGGCGUGGAGGGUGGUUAACGGAAGAAUUGCUCUUGCGCCAUAUAGUAUGUCAUUACAAUCAAGAAGACCGCCAACACCCGUUGCCGACAGUUACAAAUAA